CUGGAGUUCUUUGAAACCUCUGCCAAAGAGAAUAUCAAUGUAAAGUCCGUCUUUGAACGUCUUGUCGACAUCAUUUGUGACAAGAUGUCGGAGAACAUGGACAACGAGACGGCAAUGGCAAGCGGAACAACGAAAGGUGGACCUGAGUUUUGGCCAAUCCUGGGUGUUAUCGGUACCUCCAGCGUGGGCUUUAAUGGGGUCAUUGGUGUUAGUCAGCCAAUCCUUACCAUUCAACUAUACUCGGACUUUCAUUGA